AUGCAGAGAAAGAAGUCUCAAGAGGUUGUGGACGAAGAUGAUGAGAAGGAGAACAAAGUGGAGUUCACCCCCGCUCCCAAGGAUGGCUUGACUUCCCAUGAAGCUGAAGAACUGCUCAAGAAGUGGGGCAAGAACGAACUCGUUGAGAAAGUCACUCCCAAGUGGCUCAUCUUUCUUCGCCUCCUGACAGGGCCCAUGCCCAUCAUGCUCUGGAUUGCUUCCCUUAUUGAGCUCAUUAUUGGAAAUUAUGCCGAUAUGGCGAUCCUUCUUAUUAUCCAGUUUACCAACGCUGGCAUCUCCUUCUACGAGACCACCAAGGCUGGUGACGCUGUUGCAGCGCUCAAGGCUUCACUGAAGCCCCGUGCCACUUGCAAACGUGACGGUCAGUGGCAAGACAUCGAUGCAACCCUCCUCGUCCCCGGCGACCUCGUUCUUCUCGCUGCUGGCUCUGCCGUUCCCGCUGAUUGCUACGUGAACGAAGGUAUGAUUGAGGUUGAUCAGUCUGCGAUGACGGGGGAGUCUCUCCCUGUGAAGUUCCGUCGUGGAGAUGUCUGCAAGCUCGGCUCCAACGUUGUUAGGGGAGAGACUGAAGGUACAGUCGAGACUACAGGACAGAACACUUUCUUCGGCAAGACUGCUCAGAUGCUUCAGUCUGUUGGCAAUGAUGGUGGAAGCCUUCAGAUCUUGCUCAUGAGGAUCAUGUUGAUUCUUGUGGUGCUCUCCCUGACGCUCUGUAUCAUUGCGCUUAUCUACCUCAUUGCAGAUAGUGAGAUUGUCAAAGAGUCGCUGAGCUUUGCCGUGGUGGUUCUGGUUGCUUCCAUCCCCCUGGCGAUUGAGAUCGUGACCACCACCACUCUCGCUCUUGGCUCGAGGCAGUUGUCGGCUCGCGGUGCCAUCGUGACUCGUCUUGGAUCGAUCGAGGAGAUGGCGGGCAUGGACAUGCUCUGCUCGGACAAGACCGGAACGCUGACGCUGAACAAGAUGGUGAUCCAAGAGGACUGUCCGACGUACAGCCCCGGGGAGACGUACGAGUCGGUGCUAUUCCAGGCGGCGCUUGCGGCGAAGUGGAAGGAGCCUCCUCGUGAUGCGCUGGACACGAUGGUGCUGAAGACGUCAGGGCAGGAUCUGUCCAAGUGCGACGCCUACACCCAGCUGGACUUUCAGCCGUUUGAUCCUCGUCUCAAGAGGACUGAGGGGAAGCUUCAAGGCCCUGACGGAAAGAUUUUCCGUAUCACCAAAGGAGCCCCGCACGUGAUCCUCAACAUGUGCCACAACAAGGAUGAGAUCAAGCCUCUUGUAGACGCCAAGGUGCACGAGCUCGGAACCCGAGGCAUCCGAUCCCUGGCGUUGGCGAGGAUGGACGACGAGGAUGGGAAGUGGAGGAUGCUUGGGAUCUUGACCUUCCUGGAUCCCCCUCGCCCCGACACUAAGCACACCAUCGAGAAAUGCCAUGAAUUUGGAGUGUACGUGAAGAUGAUCACUGGAGAUCACCUGGUGAUCGCGAAGGAGACUGCACGCGUGCUCGGAAUGGGUCAGGACAUCUUCGGUUCAGAUGGUCUUCCAGUGCUCGGAGAGGGAGGGUCAGUACCCGACGAUCUUGUUGAGCAGUACGGCACCAAGAUCUGUCCCGCGGACGGCUUUGCCUCAGUGUUUCCGGAGCACAAGUACCUCAUCGUGGAGACUCUGAGGAAGGCUGGCUUCAGGGUCGGGAUGACGGGAGACGGAGUGAACGACGCGCCAGCCUUGAAGCGCGCGGACGUUGGGAUUGCUGUGCAGGGCGCUACAGAUGCGGCAAGAGCAGCGGCAGACAUUGUGCUGACGGGAGAGGGACUGAGCGUGGUCGUGGACGGCAUUGUCAUCAGCCGAGAGAUCUUCACCCGUCUCAAGAACUUCAUCUCAUAUCGUAUCGCGGCCACCCUUCAGCUCCUCACCUUCUUCUUCAUCGCUGUCUUUGCGUUCCCUCCUCUUCACUACUACCGUGCGAACGGCUUUUGGCCGGCCUUCUUCCAGCUGCCCGUGCUCAUGCUCAUGCUUAUCACCCUGCUCAACGACGGCGCACUCAUCUCUAUCGGAUAUGACGCGGUGAACCCCAGCACCGUCCCCGAGCAGUGGAACCUUACCAGACUCUUCGUGGUUGCCAUCGUCCUCGCAGCGGUUGCAUGCGGGUCCUCCCUCCUCCUCCUCUUCUGCGCUUUGGACUCGAACAAUCCUAACGGCGUCUUCGCGUCCAUGGGCAUCCCUCCCAUGGAGUACGGCAAGAUCAUCUGCAUGAUCUACCUCAAGGUUUCUCUCUCGGACUUCUUGACGCUCUUCUCUUGCCGCACACAGGAGGCUCCCUUCUUCUCCCACACCCCCGGCAAGCCCCUUAUGGUCGCCGUGGUUGUCUCCCUUACUAUCUCUACCUUCCUCGCCUCCUACUGGCCUGAGGGAAGUCUCGACGGGCUGCCUGUGAUGGGACUUGCGCGAGGGACGUACAAGUUGAUGCCACUGUGGAUUUGGAUCUACUGUAUCAUCUGGUGGUUCAUUCAGGACAUCUUCAAGAUCAUCACCAUCCGCACCAUCCUCAAGUAUGAUCUCUUCCCCUUCAACAAGCCCGACAUGCACAUGUGGAAGCAGAAGGCUGGACUGCAGGACAACCCUAACGAUCCUCAUUACAAAGUUUAA